GACCAGGUUGCAAUUUCCAUAGUUGCUCCGCGCGCGUGUCACUUACCCCAAGCCCGAGUGCAUCCUGAACCGCGUCCAAGGAUAAUCUCUCAAAGAUUUUUGGUUUUACAGCUGCCGCAGGACUCGGGAUUAAACUUAGCCAUGAGAAGUCUGCCAUUAAUGUUGGCGCUGACGCUGUUGGUCAUUGGAGCCACAGCGACUGCCUCAUCCUCCAGCACCACAGCCAAGCCAAAGACCGAGACCAAGCCACUGAAGGCUGAGCCAGAGAAGCCCACAGCCACCAAGCAGACUUUGCCAUCAUCGGCGCCUUCGUCGAAGGCCACAACUACCAAGUCUUCCAGCUCUGGCUCCACCACGCGCCAAUCGAAGGCUCUGAGGCCUGGCGACAAUCGCGGCAAGAGGACUCUCUAUGACUUUGGAAAUCCCGGCUACUUGUAUCCCGAGAUAGCCAGUAGGAGAGCGGGUUAUGUGGACAACACGGCCAGCUAUUAUCCCCAGACGGGUUACUAUAAUGGCCAAAAUGCCAUAGCUCAAUAUCCCAGCAGCAACUUUGGACCCUAUCCUCAGUAUCCCCAGUAUCUGGAGGCUCCCGAACCCAUUAUCGAAAUCAUUAUCAAGGAUGCCAAUGAGACCAUAGCCGAGGAGCCCGCCCAGCCCAUUGUGACUAAGAAAAAGAAGAAGAAGGAGAAGGUGCAUGUGUUCUAUGUGAACUACAAAAAGGAUCAGAACAACAAGCUGCACUUGGAGUCACCCAUAGCCUCGCUUAACAACGAUGACAACGAGGAGGAGGAAGAGGAGGAGGAGGUAAUCCAAUACCCGGUGACACCCCUGCCACCUCUUAAGUCCACCACGCUGCGCACCAUCAUCCACCCAGACUCGGAGAAGUUCCACAGCAACUCUGGCAUCCAUGUGUCCUUUGGAGCAGAGAACAAGCACCAAACUGGACACAUUCUUGAAGAGCACGAUGCCGAGAGCAUUCAGCGUCAAGUGGUGGCUCUGCCUCCUUCGGUGGCGGCCAAAUCGGAGAGUGGUUAUAUUAGCAAUACCCGGGCUGAUUAUGGCAGGGAGAACAACUUUGGAAGGAGUCCUGGACCUAUUUCCAACCUGCUCUUUGGCAGCAACUACCAAUCGCAGGGUCUUAAUUACCAGCAGCAGCAUCAGCAGCAGCUACCCACGCAGCAUGGAAACAACUACUUUAGGCCACCGGCUGCUCUGGUGGGUCCACCUCCCAGUUAUCCGAAGCCAACCCAGCAGCAACAGGUGCAGGCACCACAUCAUGGCAGCAUCACCCAACAGCAACUGCCUUCAACCUCCUCGCAGAGCAUCUUCAACAAGCUAGUGCAACAGUCGCAGUACUACAUUAACCACAACCAGCAGUACCAGCCGCAUCAGCAGCAGCAGCAACAUCAGCAACAGCAUCAGCCACAGCAACAUGCCACCCAGCAACACCACCAACAGGAACCGCAGCAACAGCAGUACCAGAAGCCGCCCCACAAGCAGGUCCAGGUGCCAUUCUUCCCCACAAUUCCGCCAAAGAGCGUGACUCCGGCGCCAUAUCAGCCCAUCAAGUUCCGUCCCACUCCGGCACCCGCUGCCCAAGUGAAGCCUCUGCCACUGCCUGUCAAGCUGGAUAAUACCAACUACCAAACGCAGCAACACUAUCAGCCGCAGCAACAACAGAAGUUGCCACAUCAGCAGCAAUCCUAUCAGUUUGUGCGACAGCCGCAGUUCGUGCAGCAGCCACAGUUCACGGUGAGGUCACCCACUCCUCCGCCGGAGUACUACAGCCAGCAGAAGCAACAGUCGCAGCAGCAGUCGCAUCAAGUGCAUCAGCAGCAGCAGCAUCACCAGAGCAGCCUCAACUACUUUGACAUCAAGCCCUCCAAGGAGACGGAGCUGCUCAAGUCCAUACCCAAGUUCGAGCAGCACAUCACAGAGACGGUACAGAAUCCCAUUGCCCACUCCUCGCAGCAGCCACAGUAUCAGCAGCAGCAGCAGCAACAUCAGUCGCAGCAACAGUUUGCUUACACCCGCAACGAGGUGAUCCAUGAUGUGCCUGCUCCCAACCUGGGACCCACAGUGCAGCAGCCCGUUAGCGGUCACUAUAUUACAGCCAGCUCAUCCAAUCUCCAGCAACAGCAACAGCAGCAUCAGCAAUCUCACUUCUCCAGCUUCCCCAGCGAAGCUCCUCCACAGCUUCCCAUCUAUGCCGAGUCGACGCAUGGCCAAAAGGUCAUGGUUGUGACUCCAGUGCCUCCUUCCUCGAACUAUGUGACCUACAGCCAGUACCCACAGGCCACCAAUGAGCCAGUGGUCCAUGUCAAUGCCCAGUCUGCCGCUUUGCAAGCUCAGGCCAGCACCAACUUUGCCCAGCAGCCCAGGCAGCCAGCCGUCUCCCAGAUCACUUCCCAAUCUGGGGAUAACUCACCCUUCAGUGUGUCCACUUUCCAUUCGGAUGUGUUCAAGGAGCUGGAGCAGCGUAACCAGAAGGAUCAUCAGCAGACUGUCAAGGUAGCUACUCCAGUUACAGUUGCCGCCCCCGCUUCCGCUCCGGCUCCUGCUGCUCCUGCAGCCUCGCCUGCCUCUUCACCCAAUGGCAAGGCCUCCCAGACCUUGCUUCAGCUGCCCGACGAAGUGCCCGAGGAUCUCCGCCAGCAGCUUUUCUCCUCCGGCAUUCUGAACAAUGCUGACAUCUCCAUCCUGGACUAUGAUAAGCAGGGAGACAUUGCUUUGGAGAACCUGCCCGCUGAGCAUCUGCAGCACUUCUACGGAGCCGGUGGUGGCGCCCAGAUUGCCGAGACCAAUAAGGUAUUGACCGUGGUCAAGCCCAACGGCGACAAGGUGGCUCUCAGCGAGAAGCAACUGGAUCGUGUCAAGCAGACCAACUCCCUGCCCCAGAAGCAGAACCUGGACGUAAAGGUCGUGCGGUAUGAUGCCGAGCAGGGUCAGAGUGUUAGCGAGAAAUAUGUGAGAACGGAUGCCACAGUGGUGACUCCCGUGGAUCUGGCCGAGCGUCAGCAAUACAAUCGCUAUCUUCCCCUGAAAAUCAACGGAGCCCAGUUCCCCAUUCCAGACAGCGAGGAGCUGCAGGGCAAGCGGAUAGUGAGUGUGGUGGUCCUGGCCCCAGUGGAGGCUCAAAAUCCCAGCCAAUCUGGCAGCAGCGAGGCACGCAGUGCCGAUGGCAAGGAGGUCAAGUUCCUGGGCGGCGAGCUCAUCAAGACGCUGGUGAAGAAGCCCACCAGGGACAACUUCAAGCGCUGGCUGGAGAAGGAGGCGCGCACGGAUCUGGAUUUGCAGUCCGUGGUUCUUCUAGUGGCCAAAUCCUCUGACGCCUCUGCGGAGCAGGAAAUCUUCAUGUACGACAUAGGAACCGGCAGCAUUAACCGUCUGAAUGGCGAGCUCUCGAGCACGUUCGUCAACGUGGCCGAGGAGAAUGCCAGCAGUGAGGAUCUGGAGCAUGCUGCCACCCUGGACCAGAGCUCUCUGGAGUCCAUGAUGCAUCUGCGUCGCAGAUAGAUAAGCAUGCAGUCGAGUCCAGCCGCCGCCGCAGUCCACAAAUACAAAUGCCAUUUUUAGCUACUCAACUAGACAUGAUCAUCGUGCGCCCCUGAAAGCCCCCUUCCCCUAUUGUUUUACUCCUCCCUUAGUUUUUUUCUUCAAUUUUCCUAACUCUGUCCUCAGGUUGCACAUUUUCUGCACAAAAACAAAACGAACAAAAAAAAAAAAAAAAAGAAAAGAAAAGAUUAUCACGUUCCAUUGAUCACGGCAUUGCAUCCAAUCCUCUCGUAGUAUUUCCAUUUUGUAAAUAUUCUAUGCUGAUGUUAAAAUUAUCAUAAUUUAA